CAGCAUUUUUAGAUUUUCAAUAUUUUUGAAGAUUUCUAUGCUCAAAGCAGUUGCGGGAUAAAUUUUUGUACACAAAAUGUUGUGUUUAUGCACUUUGUAGUUUUGCCGGUUAAAAUGGCAGAUUUGGCAAUAUUUGAGACCGAAAUUAAUACUCUAGUGAAAGAAUACCUUUCCUACAUUGGUCUUGAUACAACGGUGCAAGCAUUUCAGUUGGAAUGCAAUGAAAAAGGAAAAUCGAUUCCUAUCCAUAACGAAGUUUUGCAAGAUGCAGCUAAAUUAACCGCACAGAACAAUUUGCUGUUAGAGUUUGACAGUGGUGAAUCAUUAAACUUUUGGAGAUUGUGGGAAGAAAAUGUCCCGUUCGAAAUCCGAAGUAAAGACCAAACAUGUCAAAGACUGGAAUUCUACAUACAAAUUCACUUUGCUGUGUAUCCAAUUCGUACUGGAUCAGCAACUGUUCAGACGAAUGGACGACUACAGAAUACAAUGACAUUGUUUAAACAAUAUCUGGAAACUAAAGGUUCAGAUCUUAGUCAAACCACCGAGUUCCUUCCAUUCUACGCGCUUCCGUUUGUUCCCAACCCAAUGCAACAUCCUUCUUUCAAAGAAUUAUUUUCGACCUACUGGAUCCCAGAGUUACGAGGAAGAGUUGAUAAAUUCUUAAGUGCUGCCCUCAGUUCAUCAGAACCACCUGCACUUAUAGCUCUUGUUAAAAACAGGAAAAGAUUAUCUAUGAGUGAAUCAACAAGUGAAAAAACGGCCAAAUCUCUGCAGCAAAAUCUUCUACAAGCAGAAAAACGAAGCGGUGCUUAUAUGAAGAGGUUUAAUAAAUUGCAGGCUGACUAUCACACACUGAUCAGCAUCACAGCUGAACUUGUGGAUUCACUUGAACAAACCGUCCACGGUCGAAUGGUAACUGUUGAAUAUUUACAAAAAGUUUGUGCUCGGUUAUUUAGUGGAAGAUCAGCUGCUGUUGGAAGUAGUUUCAACACAACCAGUGUUGAUUUUACGCGACCUGGUACAGCUUCGUCCAUUCUUCGUGCUUCUAUUAUUCCUGAGAGAAUCGAUAAAUCAGAGUCCACACUUUUGCCUUCACUGGAUUACAGUAAAAUCAAAUAUCAUUUACAAACUGGGCCUGAUCGUACUAAAGCAUUUCUUCUACAAGCUUUAAGAUGGAGAUUAACAAGAUCUUCACCUGGUGAACAGCGUGAUACUGUGCUUCUUGCAUAUAUUGACAAUGACUUGUUUAACUGCAAUCCACAAAAUUCUUCCUCAAGUUUUGGAAAUUUCAACAUGUUGUCGUUAUUUGAUUCGUCCAAUGCUGCGGUUCGUCAAUAUGUUGCAAGAUUGUACAAUGCUUUGUCAUCACUUCAACAAGGCCGAGCAUAUUUGUGUCUUGACCCUGAAGCUGUUGGAAGGUUACAGGAAUAUUUGUGGAAAGGAAACCACCAACACAACACCAUUGAUCCAAUAUUUGAGGAACAUCUGCUGGGUUGUUUACAAAAACUCAGUCUUCGAAGGUUGUUACAGACAGUUAUGAUUAAAGGUGAUUUGAUACGAUGGCUUGUGUCCACACUUGCGGACCGAAACAUUGGUUUAUCAGAUUAUAUGUUGGAAUACGCAGUUGCUUUGCUCAUGAACUUGUGUCUGAGGAAAUCAGGGAAACAAAAAUGUGGAGAGAAUGCCACUCAAGUUUUAAAGGUGUUAAGUGAUUUGCUUAGCCAUGAAAACAUGGACAUCCGACCGUAUAUAAAUGGAGCAUUAUACAGUGUGUUGAACAACCCUGUGGUAAAGAAGGAAGCUCAUGUCAUGGGCUUGGAAGAAAUACUUCGAGAAUUCAUGGAAGGUGAACAAGAAGAGUUUCGUCGUCAGCUUGAGUUUAUUAUUAAACAACUGAAUAGUGAUGAUGAAGGUAGCGGUGGUGGUGGUGGUGGUGUGGAUGGUGAAGAUUCUGAUGAUGAUGGAAAUGAGGAUGAUGAUGAGGACCAAGAUGCAAUGGAAGCAGAUUUAGAUAAAGAUGAAAUAAUUCAACCUCUUCCAAGUGAAUUAUCUGGAGAAGAAUUUCUUUGUUCAGAAUAUCUUGGUAUAAUGACAAAUAUUGGAAUGUCUAACAAGAUGGAAAGUUUAAUCGCUGAAUCAGGGAUUCCUCAGAGGCCGGUAACUCCAGGUCAUCAAAGGAACUCGUUACAAGUUGAUCAAGAUGAUCCUCGUGUUUCUUAUUCAAGCACUUUGGUUGGAAGUUUAAACAUCUCCACACCCCCACCUACUAGUGGAAAAGCAGAGAGUCGACCUUCAUCACGAAGAACAACAUCACGGUCGUUAAGGUCAUCCAAUGAAUCACGUACUCGACAAUUGCCUCUACAACAUGAAACAUCUAUCUUAAACACUGAAGCAUCUGGUAGAAAUAUUAAAACACCAGUAAAUGAUUACAUAAAAGCAUUCAGCAGUCGUCCAAAACUUCCACGAACACCAGAUGUUUAUAGUUCUCGACCACAAUCUGCAAAAAGUAAAACUCCUCGUCCCACGUACUCCACAGGAGAACCAUCGUCUUCUCAUUCAUCAUUAUCCUCAUGGAAGACGGGGAGCAAAAGUUCGAAUUCACUCAAUUGAGAAUUUAUUUUUGCUAAUUGCUUGCGUAGCCUGUUUGUUUAAUAAGUUAGUAGUGUACAAACUACAAAGCUGUUUUAUUUUUGUAGCUUUAAAGGUUCUUUAUUUUGGUCGUAUAUUAUAAGGACAUUUGUUUUUUUGUACACUUUCAUAAUAAUUUAGUUUUUUGUAUUUUGCAAUUACACUUUUUAAAUAAAUCUCAAAGUCAA